CACGAGUCUCGAGACGGGUGCGCCGGCCGUGGAACGAAAGUUGAUUUGUUAUUGUUGGAUGACGUUAUUCUGACGUCGCCGGCAACAACAGGAAACGUUUUCCGUGAGUCGCAAGGGGGUGUCCGCUUCCCCGGUGAAAGUUCAGUGAAGCACCAUGAAUGCCAUAUUCGGAAGAAGAAAGACCCCGGAGGAGAUGCUCCGGCAGAACCAGCGGGCGCUGAACCGGGCCAUGAGGGAAUUAGACCGCGAGCGAACGAAGCUGGAGCAGCAGGAGAAGAAGAUCAUUGCUGACAUCAAGAAAAUGGCCAAACAGGGGCAGAUGGAUGCAGUGAAAAUAAUGGCAAAAGACUUGGUACGGACACGUCGCUAUGUGAAGAAGUUCAUUAUGAUGAAGGCAAACAUCCAGGCCGUGUCACUGAAGAUCCAGACUCUGAAAUCGAACAACACCAUGGCCCAGGCCAUGAAAGGAGUCACCAAGGCCAUGGCUACCAUGAAUCAACAACUGAAGUUGCCUCAGAUUCAGAAGAUCAUGAUGGAGUUUGAGAAGCAGACAGAGAUCAUGGACAUGAAAGAGGAAAUGAUGAAUGACGCCAUUGAUGAUGCCAUGGGCGAUGAAGAUGACGAAGAAGAAAGUGACGCUAUUGUGUCUCAGGUCCUGGAUGAACUUGGAUUGACCCUGACUGAUGAGCUGUCCAAUCUGCCAAGUACUGGAGCAUCACUCAGUGUCGCUGCCGGGAAAAAGGCAGAGCCGGUGGUGUUGGAAGACGCAGAUGCUGACCUGGAAAAACGGCUGAAGAACCUCCGUAAAGACUGAGUGGGUCGCCACGUGGUUGUUUUUUAAAACUUAAAUUAGCUGUAUAAUAUAGACUGCACGGAGCGAUUGUGAUUUGGUAUUUCUUUUGGUUUGUGGGAGUGAUCGCCAAGCUGAUACAUCUGGGGGCGGGGAGGGGCUAGCAAGUCUGAAACAGUGCAAUGGGCAGGACACACCAACGUAAGAAUGAGGAAACUUAAGUGAAUCCGCUAUAGCUGAGAGUCAGUGGCGGAGAGAGAUGGAGCCUUGUUGGUUGCCAGUGUCUAUUAUUCCCAAUUCUUUAUUUUUCUUUAUUCAUCCUUUACCAGUGUUGUUUUAAUGCUCACCAAAGUUUCGGGCAAGGAACACUCCAAAUCCAAACCCACCCCCUCCC